AUCACAAUGAUGGACAGCGGCGGCUGCUGUUGAAUUAACUUAAUCAUAAUCAUCUUAUCCAUUAACGGACGCUGCGCAGCCGCCACGAAGCUGCUGCCGAGUGAGAUCAUCACACCGAGCCGCUGCCAUUGUUGGCCGUGAAAUGCAGUUUAAGAUGCUCUCGAUGUGGCACUGGCUGUGAAAUCGAGUCGCGAAAGUGUGCGAUUAGAAAUCGAAACCUGCAACGAAGUACUUAAAGUUAUGCUGCUCCUGCUAAUACUCAACGGGCUGCUGUCUCUGGCCGUGGCCCAAACGACUCCGGACGCAAAGCACACGUUGUCUUUGCCGAAUUUGCCGUCCGAUCAUCUCAUACGCUACCUCAACACAUUUCCAAAACUGAAACACCAGCUGCCGUCGAACGCCACGACCAGAUCGACCUCGUCCGCCUGCUGGGGCCACGAGCGAGAUUGUAGUGCUGAAGCACGUUUUCAGAAUCCCCACUGUGCCGGGGAUCACACUGGAUGGGCGCGAAGCAAAGAGGCUCAGGUGCAGACCUUCUACUACCAGGCUGACUUCGGCUACAUACAGCAACAGUUGAUGGAGCUCACUCCGAUGUGCAUGCCCAAAUACCUAACAGACUCUUCCUUGGAAUGCACACGAUAUCUCCGCUUCUGCCGGGGACGAAAUCUGCUCUUCGAUCUCCGCGACGUGGCACAGCGAGAGGAGCGUAUUCGUUACCACAUGGAUGUGCUGAGUCCAGGCCAGCUGCUAGGUCACUGUGAUUUGAAUCGAACACGUCUCUCGGCAGAAAUGGAACACAUUGGAUCUGCCCUGCAGUCGUGGGGUCCUGAGCUGCGGAACUUUGCAGUCUUGCCGAAGCCCGUGCUGGAGAGUGGCUUGUGUGACCUGGUCGUGAAUACGCCCACUUUCAUUAUGAAAAUUGACGCUACGUACAAUAUGUAUCACCAUUUCUGCGACUUUUUCAACUUGUAUGCUUCGCUCUUUGUCAACCAGUCCCACCCAGCCGCCUUUAACACCGAUGUUCAGAUCCUAAUUUGGGAGACCUAUCCAUAUGACUCGCCGUUCCGGGAUACGUUCAAAGCCUUCUCCCAGCGACCAGUUUGGACCUUGAGUGAUUUGGAGGGGAAGCGAGUGUGCUUUCGGAACGUUGUGCUGCCGCUGCUGCCACGCAUGAUCUUUGGGCUGUUCUACAAUACGCCCAUAAUCCAGGGCUGCUCAAAUAGCGGAUUGUUUCGCGCCUUCUCCGAGUUCAUUUUGCAUCGCCUUCAGAUUCCUUUCAAACCGCCUCAACGCAGACUACGAAUAACAUAUCUUUCGCGUCGCACAAAGUAUCGUCAAGUGCUCAAUGAGCAGGAUCUACUGUCUCAGCUGGAAGAAAACGAUGAUUAUUUGGUCCAGCGCGUCUCCUAUGAGCGGCUUUCCUUCACCGAACAGUUGGCCAUCACACGAAAUACAGACAUUCUGAUUGGAAUGCAUGGCGCCGGUCUGACACAUUUACUCUUCCUGCCCAACUGGGCAUGCAUUUUUGAGCUGUACAACUGUGAGGAUCCCAAUUGCUACAAGGAUCUGGCUCGGUUGCGGGGCGUUCGCUAUCGUACCUGGGAGCAGAGGGAACUGGUCUACCCCCAAGACGAGGGUCAUCAUCCAGAAGGCGGCGCACAUGCAAAAUUCACAAACUAUCGCUUUGAUGUAGAGGAAUUUUUGCACUUGGUUUCCCAAGCGGCCAGCGAAGUACGCACUCACAAGGACUUUCCCCAAGAUAUAUUAGAUACGCUAGAGAAUCGUAUGCCGCAGCACAACGAGCUGUAGUUCCUUUUUGUGAUCCAAAUGCAUUUAUUUGAAUUAUUUGCUCGACCCAAAAAAUAAAACGGUAUUAUUUAAAUUACAAG